GGGGCCACAUGAACAGUGUCACUCGGAGAGGACACACAGACACUUCACUGCAGAGACGGUUCUGGUGAGGAUGAUGGCAAAGCUUCUGUAUGUCCCCAUGAUGGUGCUGCUCAUGACGAACUCUGGACUCGCAUCACCACCAACAGCUGCACCAUGGAUCACCACGACAGGUAUCACACACACACACACCUGUCUCUAAACUUCCCUCCUACUAACCGCCUACCUGAGUUCAAUACUUGAUCCUGAUUGGUCAAACACGUUACUGGCAUCAAAUUUACAACAAGUUUAUAGUUAUAAUGAAAAAUGAACAACUUCAGUCCCAGUAUUUGAUCAGUUGUCUUUGCAGUGUUCUCAUAUAAAUGUGAAUUCAAAUGACUCGUAAAGCAUCAAAAUCUGCUAAAUUAAAGCUUCUGCCUCUUCUGUUUUUUUCUCUUUUGCAACUAAUGAUCUAUCGGAAGUCAUAUACUUUAUAACAAUAAAUGUGAGAUGAAAAUCUGAUUUCAGUCGUCAUGAAUUUAAACAACAACUUUUAGAAACAAAAAAUAUUUUUUUGCACCGGGAUAAAAAAGUUAUAUUCCAAAAUGAGACCCUACAGAGAUUGUCUUGCUUUUGGAGCUGGCCCCAGUGGACACUUGAGGAACUGCAGCCACACUUUUGCAUUUGCUUAUUUUCUAUCAACUAGCACCAAAGCUUCCAAAAUAACACAAUGCUGUUUUUGGUCUUCUGACAUAAUUUAUCAAUGAUUAUAUAACAUUUCUCAGCAACAAUGCAGCAACACAACACAUUCUUGUUGAGCCAAUACUUCCUUGUCAGGUAAAAUGUGUGAAUUAUCCACUAAAUGAAGGAAAGCAUGUGUGAGAAAGACUAUUACAUUGUUUUUUUACGCCAUUUUAAAAUUUCUUAUUUUUGUGUCUCCAACCCUUUUUUCUACCAGGACCUUCUGGAACAAAUUUGGGUGGGAAAAUGAUUACGUCCAAACGAGGGAUAUCCCUUUAUUCACCCAACUUAACCCCCCCGUCUACUUCCCAGCCUGUCUCUUCAAACUACAACCACAGCUACAACACCGCCCAGCCUAACACCAUCAAACCUACAAACUCAACCAGAGGUACUGAGAAGAAACCUAAAAUGUUUCAUGAAAUUUUCUGAAACAGAUGAAGCACUAAAAUGUUUUUAACGUAAUGUGUUAAAACAAUCCUCUUCAAUCUCUCUUUAUCCGCACCUCUGCAGGUGUGUCCGUGUGUCUUCGUCUCACCUUCGAUUACAGGGACACCCCGUUCACACUCUUCACCCUCAGUCCGUCUUCCAGUCCUCUUGCACUGCGGAUGUAUGACAGUGGUCGAUUUAUACUUUCUCAUGACGUCUACGGUAGAACCAACAUUUACCUGGUGCCUGACAUAAAAUUGUGGACAACCAGCUCUCCUGAGGUCUGGACUAGGAUUUGUGUCACUGUGGACAGUGAGAAGAAUGUGGCCCAGAUGUUCAGCGACUUUAACAUGAGCAUCAGGAAGAUGCUUUACGCUCAGGUGAGAACAGAGUAGCUCAAACUGAAGUCUUCUUUGACAGCAAGUCUUUACCUCACAGCUGGAAAACAGGCAGGUCCUCAGCAGCAGAAUGUCUGCAGCAGUGAAUCAGAGGAACCUACAAGAAGAUGGAGCUCAGGGACUCCUAGAAAAGACUGAGUGUUAGUGACUCUGAUGGGACAAGAAGAUCCAGUUAAACGUCAGUCACAGACAGACAAAGAAUGGAAAAGGAGAGACUGGAGCUCAAUGUGCCAGUAUCCUCAUCAGGCUGAACCUGUAGCAGCAUAACUAAGAGCUGGCCCAGACCUGAACCAGGUCUAACCCUGAGGUUCAUCACAGAGGAACGUUAACAGUUAAAGGUAGAGAGGUUGUCAGCCCCCGGACCUAGAUGAUUCCAGAGGAGAGGGUCCUGGUGACUAAAAACUCUACCACCCAGACCACUUUUAGAGACUUUGGGUUUGAUGUGCAGGACUGCAUGUGGGGGUCUCACAUGUUCUGGGUAACAGGGAACUAGGAGCUCCUUUAGAUAUGACGGUGCCAGACCAUGAAGAGCUUUGUAGGUCAGGAGAGGAACUGAACUCAUUCAAUCUUCAUUAUGUCACACUAAUAUUUCUGUGUGUGUGUGUGUGUGUGUGUGUGUGUGUGUGUGUGUGUGUGUGUGUGUGUGUGUGUGUGUGUGUGUGUUCAGUAUGUGUGGUCAGGAGAGCCUGUGAUUGAUAUUCCAGGUUUCAGUGGUCAGGUGACAGACCUCCAGGUGUGGGAUUAUCCUCUCAGCUACCAGGAAGUCUACAGUUACAUGAUCAGUGGCGUCUAUUUGUACGUACCUCUAUGUGAUUACAAUAUGUGUGUGUGUGUUAGAAAGCACAGCAGUCCAAGCUGUAUCUCACAAGCCUAAACACCUUCUACACAUCUGUUCACCUUCAAAUAUCUAUCUACAGAGGUGUGAGAAGUUAGAGCCCCUGUGAGGAGUUUUUUAAGGUUUAUAAAAUAAAACUGGAAUUAAGACUCAUGUGCUUUUAUGAUGCACAAAAAGCAAACAGGACCAUCAGCAACAAGACUGAACAUUUUUAAACAGUAAUUUUAAAGGGCCUCAGAUUGGUGCGAGGGGGUAGUUGUCAGUCUGUUUCCAGACAACAUACUUGAAGGGUGUGAUUGUCAUGUGAUCGUUUCUUUCAGGUCUCCUCCCGGUAACGUCCUCACCUGGUCCUCCAUCAGUUACUCUUUCAGAGGAAAUGCACUAUUGGAGGACAUCUAUGAGGAGCAAGCCAAGCAACCAAGCAGCAGCCGGAGAGGGACAGGGCGAUGCCGAAAAGCAGGGAAGGAGACCAAGAAGCCUGUCACGGGUGGCAAAAAUAAAGAAUAACAAAAUCAGCAAACAGGGGCCUGUGUGAACAGCACCAUCCUCUGUUUUCAAGUAACAGAGGCAGGUCAACAGUUUGUAUGUAAUCAUGUUUUCAAGACCUGAUAAGAAACUAGCCUUUAAAAAUAAAUUGGUAUGAACAUGUUUGACCUUCCAGUGUUUUGCCAUUUUGUAUAUAAGAAAACAGAAUUGGCUGACACAGUAUUUCUGUCAAGUGUACAUUUAGCAAUACAUAAGCACUGUACAUAAGCAAUAAUCAUGCAACUGAGAGUCCAGACCCCCUUGAUAGUUAAAGAUUCAGUCUAAGAUUUAGGAGUAUAUAGCUUUAAUAAAUCAACAACUGCCUAGGAGUUAAAUAGUUUUCAACCAAUAAAAAAUAGGACUUAGGAGCUAGAAAAAUAGCUCAACACUUAAACAUGCUGUUCAUUAAAUACACAGUGAAACUUGGCAACAAGGACGUGGAGAUGAAUUAUGACCCUUUUGGCUCUCCAUAUAUAAUGUCAACCGUAUCAGGGCUGCAGUGACAAACAGAUCCUGUGGAGGUUUCAUCCUUACAAGGAAAGUAAGCAGACAGGCCUGAGUGCAACAGGUCAGAGAGACUUCAGAUGGAUAAACAGUCAAGCACAGUGUUUAUGAAACAGCAGGAGAUGAUUUGUGAUCCUUUUGGGGGUUUUGGCAUGUGGGGGAUACAGAAACUUCAAGAUUCAGAUUCAGAUUCAGACAACUUUAAGGACAAUUCAUUUCACAGUUACCCUGCCGUUUGAUCCAUCCAAUCACACAAACCCGCAGACAAACACACCAGACAAGUGCAAGACAUUAAUAGCAGCCAGUACACAACCACAUUCCCUUGUCAGUACUCACAGAUCAGCAGGAUCAACACUGAAUAGCUAAAUAAGUACAAUAAGCAGUAAGUUCCACAGAGCAAUGGUUAAAAUACAGUAAGAUCCACAAGUAUGAGACACAAGAUAAGAAAUAAAACACUCCUGAAGCUCGAGUUCAGCACAGGCCACAUAUGACCAUAUAUGAGGCUUCUUACCUCUUAGCUGAUGCUGAAUUUACGCCUGAACUGAACUUGUGCAAAUUUUCCUGAAAAUUUUCUUGUCAGCAGGAAAAAAAAGGUUGUAAUGUAAAGUUUAGAAUAAAGGCGUAUGUUACAAGUUGUUACAAAACAGCAUUAUAUAGCUGAUUGUUGACUAAAUUAACAACUUUAAAAAUUUUGCCAUAACCUUGUUCUCAUGAAAACACAAUUUUACACCGACUUUAUACUGGUGAGAAAACUAUAUAAAAGAUAAUCUUAAAAAAGAAAUUCUAUUCUUCAAAAAAAAAUAUUCUACCAAAUAUGAAAAAAAAAAAAAAAAAA